AUGGACGAGCAGAAAUCAAACUGCGAAGAGAAUGACUCUGAACCAACAGCUGAUGACAAUGCCCCUGCAAAGCAGCCUGUCUCCUCUGAGGAAGAGUCCAAAGCCCUCUCUGGUGCUGAGGACACGUCUGCUGCUACUGCAGCCUCUUCCAGUACACCUGUAGAGAACGUUCGAGCCUGUGUGCUUUGUAACUGUGUGGAGCGGAGCCUGCAUGGACAGCGGGAACUGAGACACUUUGGGCCAUCUUCUGAGCGGCCGACCCUCAAGCCAUCAGCUUCCCCACUGCCACAACCCGGGAAUGAUGACCUGUCUUCCAUUGGAUUUGCCGACUCCCCCUGUCUGGCGGCACUCUUUGAUGACUCAGGGGGUUGUUGGGUUCAUCACUGGUGUGCGGUGUGGUCAGAAGGAGUAAAGCGGAUGGAGAAAGAGGAGCUGGAGAACGUGGAUAAGGCCGUUAUCUCAGGGACACAGCGGCUUUGCGAAUACUGCAAAAGACUAGGUGCAACCAUUCGAUGCCAUGCUGAGGGCUGCUCACGGUUCUACCACUUCCCCUGCUCGGCAGCCAGUGGAUCCUUCCAGUCCAUGAAGCAGUUGGUCCUUCUCUGUCCAGAACAUAUAGACAAGGCCGAGGAGUUAGCAGGUGAAGAGGCUUGGUGUGCAGUGUGUGACUCAGCGGGUGAGCUCAUGGACUUGCUGUUCUGUACGGGUUGUGGCCAACAUUACCAUGCGGCUUGUCUUGAGAUUGGUGCCACGCCGAUCCAGCGGGCAGGAUGGCAGUGCCCAGAGUGUAAAGUGUGCCAGACUUGCAGACAACCAGGCGAAGACUCCAAAAUGUUGGUAUGCGAUGCCUGUGAUAAGGGCUACCACACCUUUUGUCUCCAGCCAGCCAUGGAUUCUCUUCCCUCUGACCCAUGGAAAUGCAGAAGGUGUCGUGUAUGCACGGAGUGUGGUGUCCGUGGACUGGUGCUGCCAGGUUCAGCCCAGUGGUUUGACAAUUACACCGUGUGUGAGGGCUGCCAGCGUCACCGCAGCUCUAUGUGUGGAGUGUGCAGCAAAGCUGCCAACCCAUCUGUUGCUCUGCAGUGCUGCAGCAUGUGCCACAGGUGGGUGCACAGUGAGUGUACUUUAUCGGGGGAGCUUCCAGAAGCCAAGUGCAUUUGCCUGCUUUGCAAGGAGGAUCAUCAGCAGCCUGUCACUCAACCACAGGCAACAGAGGUGGAAACCAGAGAGGCAUCUGAGGAGACUGAAGGAAAUGUGGAUUUGGUGGAGAUGACAAUCCAAACGGAUGCAGACAUGGUGACAGAGGAGCAUACGGGCUUAUCAGAGGUGACACCAGGACAGAUAGGCACAUCAGAGAUGGGUCAGACUGAAGCCACAACUGACAAAGAAACACCCAUGGACUUGGGUAAGACACAACUGAAUACAAAGUUUAUAGACAUGCCAGGAGAGCAGGAGGCAGCUCCUUCAGUGGAACAAGAAGCAUCACCAGAGUUAUUAAAGAACACACAAGAGGCCCUCUCUGCUGUGGACAUGGAAGGGAGGUUACUACCUCACUCUGAGGAGGAGGAGGAGGAAGAAGAGGAUGAUGAGCAAAUGAAAGGAGAAGGACAUAAUGAUGACAUUAAACAGGAACUGCAGGAGCUAGAGGUUAAGCCGGAAUUACUGCUAGACGAGAUGUCUAAUAUGAGCCAUGGAGACGAGAGCAGCAGUGGCUUUCUGGGCUCUCCGGGAGAACCCGACCCUCAGCUCUCCAUGGAGCUUGGCCUUGUACCUGCUGGCCGCUCACAUGCAGAUAACCUGCUCACCGAGACUGAUGAUUCGCUUCCCUUUGAACCUCUCAGAAGCGACAGAGAGAAGGCAAAACGCAGAGGAUCCCCAGGCCGCUCAAGGGUCAAACAGGGGCGAAGCAAUAGUUUCCCCGGGAAGCGUAGACCUCGAGGGGGUGGUGGAGGGAGAGGGCGUGGUGGGAGGUCACGCCUCAAAGCCAUGGCCUCCUGCAUUGAUGCUUUCUUGCUAAGCAUGACCACAGACACUGGAAUAAAUAAGGAUGAAGAGGAUGAGGAAGAUGACACCAUGCAGAACACAGUGGUUCUUUUCUCAAACACUGAUAAAUUUGUCCUGCUCCAGGAUAUGUGUGUUGUGUGUGGCAGUUUUGGAAAGGGUAUGGAGGGGCAGUUGUUGGCUUGUGCCCAGUGUGCCCAGUGUUACCAUCCUUACUGUGUGAACAGCAAAAUCACCAAGACGAUGCUUCGCAAGGGCUGGCGCUGUUUGGAAUGUAUUGUGUGUGAGAUGUGUGGAAAGGCUUCGGACCCUUCCCGUCUGCUGCUGUGUGAUGACUGUGAUGUCAGCUAUCACACCUACUGCUUGGACCCGCCCUUGCACACUGUACCCAAGGGUGGUUGGAAGUGCAAAUGGUGUGUGUGCUGUGUGCAGUGUGGUUCCAACUCACCAGGUUUCCACUGUGAGUGGCAGAACAACUACACCCACUGUGGCCCAUGUGCCAGCCUCGUCUCGUGUCCAGUAUGCAGAGAGAACUUCAUGGAGGAGGAGCUGUUGCUGCAGUGUCAGUACUGUGAUCGAUGGGUCCAUGCUGUCUGUGAGAGUCUGUACACAGAGGAUGAGGUGGAACAAGCUUCUGAUGAGGGCUUUGCCUGCACAUCCUGCACCCCAUAUGUUCCGAAACCUGUGGGUAAGUCUCGAAAUGACACUAUUUUAAAAAUUAGCAAUUGCCACUUUACAGAACCCCAGUUCUACUGGUUGGAGGGUGUGUGGCUGACAGAGUCGGGUAUGUCCCUGCUUCGCACUAUCUCCAUGUCUCCCCUGCACAAGAGACGGCAACGUCGCUCCCGUCUCGGCACUCUGUGUUGUGAAGGAGGUCCUGAUGGAGUGGAUCUGAGAGAGGUCGAAGGAGAAGGGGAGGAUGGGAAAGGCUGUGGGGAGCCCAUGGAAUGUGAAUCCAAGAUGGAGAACCCUGGGAGCCCUGAAAGGGAGGCAGGUGCAGAGGGAGGCACUGAAGGCAUGGCUGACUGCGAUGGUCUCAAAGGAGCAGAAGAGACAGAUGAUAGUAAAAAAAGAAAGCGGAAACCCUACAGGCCUGGAAUUGGAGGCUUCAUGGUGCGACAAAGGAAGUGUCACACACGGAUGAAGAAAGAAUUCUUUGCCCAGCUGGCUGGAGAGACUACAUUAGAUGGACAGCCAAUAGAGAGAACCAUUGAGGAAGAUAACAUAAUGGAUCCUAAACCAGUGGAGGGGGAGGAACAGGCCAAGAAACGUCGAGGACGAAAGAAGAGCAAACUUGAAGACAUGUUUCCAGCUUAUCUCCAGGAGGCUUUCUUUGGGAAGACACUAAUAGACUUGAGUAAGAAAGCUGUGAUGAUACCCCCAGGGCAGAGGCCAGGCGCAUGCCUUGUCCGACCUUCAUUACCAGCACCAUCAGGGGUCAGAACUACUGCCCCAGAGAGUAAGAACGCUAACUUCACCUGUGACACAUGAAAACUCUGCUAAUAAUUUGUGAUAUUAUGUGUGGAAAAGGUCAUUACAGGGUGUGUGACCUUUGUGCUUCUCUCACUAGCUGAGGCUAAGGAUCGUGCGGUGGAAGAUAAUUUUCCUGUCAAGCAAGAGGGGGGUGAGGCCCCCCAAGCUCAGGGAGAAGGUGCAGGUCUUCCACAAGGGGUGGAAAGUCAGGACUCUGAGCAGUUCUUCAGGAAGGUUCUAGGAGUGUCAGAUGGCUCCUCUUUGGGGGGCAUGAAGCCCAUCUUGGAGGGCAGUAAGGGAGAACUCAAUCGUAGCGCUCUGCCACAGAGAGCUCUCCUCUCAGGGUCCCUGCCCUCAGCUGGAAUGAUGGAUGCCUUUCCUGGCCUCUCUCAGUCGCCGUUCUUUGACAUGCGGGACCGAGGAGGGCUGUUCAGUCCAGAUGGGGGUGAGGAGAGCCCCUGGGCCACUCCCUCUACCCCAGCAACCCCCUCCUCCCCACCAACCCCCACUGAGGCAGAGGGUGAUGGGCUGUCCUACAACCAGCGCAGUCUCCAGCGCUGGGAGAAAGACGAGGAGCUGGGAGAGCUCUCAACCAUUUCACCUGUGCUUUAUGCCAAUACCAACUUUCCCACUCUCAAACAGGACUACCCAGACUGGGCUAGCCGCUGUAAGCAAAUCAUGAAGAUCUGGAGGAAGGUGUCAGCUGCUGACAAGGCUCCAUAUCUGCAAAAGGCCAAAGAUAACCGAGCAGCUCAGAGGAUCAACAAGGCACAGAAGCAGGCAGAGAGUCAGGUGUGCAGGCCAGUCAAACAAGAGCCAGGGCGUGUGAAGGGAGAACGGCCCAGUUUACACCUCCAGAUCCCUCCACCUUCAGGCUCUACAUCAAUCUCUUCCCAGCCCAGCUCUGCAGAAAGCCCAUUUCCCUUCCCUCCAGAUUCAGGAUCAUCCUCUGUAUUUUUCUCAGAUGGACCUGUUCAGACCCCAGGGUCAGCUGAAAUUCGGACAGAUCCCUUGGCUAAGCUUCCUUCUCAGUCACCCCAUUCUCAUUCUCACCCAACCACACCCUUCUCCCACGCUGGGGCCAGCCCCUUACAGGCCUCUUCCUCAGGUUAUUCUACUUCCGGCCCACAGGGUCCUCCUCAGGGACGGCCAGCCAGUCUUGGCCCCUUUGACAUGCAACCAGGAACUCCUGGAACCCCCAGACGGGCUCAGCAGGUUGACCCCUACUUCAGAUCACAGCUGCAGCAGCAACAGGGUCAUUUACCACAAUCACAGCAAGGCUCUCAGGAGUCCCUAGGACCUCCAGAAAGUCCUCAUUCAAGAGGUGCUGGGCUUGGGGAUUCACCCAUCUUCUCACCACCCCACAAUACUCAUUACGGAGACCCUUUCAGAACCCAGCAAGGGAUGGGACGACCAGAAUAUGGUUCCUCCCCAUCACCCUCUGCAGUGGCUUCCUCACCUGCAAGCACAGGGCAGUACAGGGCUGAUAUGAGUGCGCCUUCUCCGCGCUCCUCUGCAGUUGGAAGACCUGACCUAUCCACUGGCUCCCCCGCUGGGAUGCUAGAGUCUGGUGACGGUUUAUUCAAAGCACCCAUGACGCCAAGGAUGCACCAAGGGGAAGGUGGUGCACUUCAUCCUGGAGCUUCCCCUAGCCAUCCAUCUGAAGGCUAUAGGCAGUCUCCCUCCCAGUCUUUCUCUGACCCCCACACUCAGCCACCACUAACUCCCCGACCGCAGUCAGGUGACAGCUGUUCUCUUGGGCCCCAGAGACAUCCUGUAGCUCAACAGGAACUAUGCCCUAGAGUGCCCUCCAGCCCACAGUCCCAGGGCAGCUCUCAGUCUCCCCACACUCCUGGUGGCCUCUCCAACGAUGGUUACAGUGUCCAGUCUCCUGCUACCCCACGUUUCCAAUCCCCAGACCUUUGUUCUCAGCCACCUUCAAGGCCACAAUCUAGAGACCAUUUUGCUACUAUCCACAAACCUCCUCGUCCGCCCUCUGUUGCCCCAGAGGGUAGCACAUGUUACAAAAGCUCACCUCAUCCUAACCAGGCACCUCCACCCCAUCCCACCAACAGUUCCAUAGGGGAUCCUCUCUCUGGUAAACCCUCAGCAGCUCCUAAUUUCAGCCGCAGCCCCAGCACCGGAGGCCUCCAAAUACCCCAGCAGCAGAGUCAGAUGGCACAGGGUCAGCUCCAGCAACCACAGACACAAACUCAGCAGACUAUGGGGGCAGAUGGCUUCAGCUCCAGGGUGCCACCUUCUUCUGGAUCUCAAGAACUACCAGCUGUCCGCCCUCCAGACGCACCUCACCAGCCAUCUUUGCCAGGCACUCAAGAAAUGCCCGACAUGUCAGCAGUGCAGGACCCUGCGUUAGUAGGCCUUAGCCCCUCUGAGCUGGAGAAGCACAGACAGAGACUGAGGGAAUUCUUAAUCAGACAACAAAUGCAAAGAAAUUCCAUGAGACAAGAGAAGGAGGCUGCUGCUGCUGGUAGUGCAUCCCCUGGCUGGUCUGGAGGAGAGAUGGGGGCUUUUCAACAAGACAACAAGGCCCACAGAGCACCACCACCUUAUCCACAGGAUCGUGCUGCUACUGCUGCUACUGCUGGAGCUCAGGCUUCUGUGGCAGGGAAGAUGCCCAUGCCUGUUGGAGGUAUGGAGGACAAGCUCAUUCGCCCACCACCUACAGGAACCCCUGCCAUCAUGGAUCCCAGUGCACUAAGGCCACCAGGGCACAUCAGACCUCAGGGCAUGUUUGCCCGCACACCAUUCCCUCCACAGUGGCAGGGCCAGGCACCAGGUCCAAGAAGGUUCCCCCAGCCUGGCAUAGAGGCUAUUGGCAUAAGGCACAAUCUUAACCCUGCUGUCAACAUCCAGGGUAUGGAGAGCAUGGGUAACCCUCACACCAUGAUACCAGCACAUGGAGGGGAGACCAUGCAGCCAAUGGGUCAAGGACCUCCUCCGCAGUUCAUUGAAUUGAGACAUAACUCACAAAGGCUAUCCCUACGACCCCAGUUUUUGCCCCGUGGACCCCAGCCAAGACCACGUCUCUUUCCACAGCAAGAGAUGGCAGCACCUUAUGUUCAACAACAUCCCAUUGCUCAAGCUGGUGGCAUUCAAACGGAGGGGGGCAAUGAGUCACAGCUAGGGUUACAGCAGGGUGGACUGUCAGUUUUACUGCCUCAGCAGUCUGCAGGCCCAGUAUCACAACAGACCCACCUGCAGUCCCAGGCUACUUCCAAUGCCAACACUCCUAGCACUGAGCAGCAUCAGCUUCCACAGUCAAGCCUAGUCACACAGCCUCAGACUGCCACCGUAGAAAACAGUGAGGAACUGCCAGAACCUGAUCUUGAGGGGCUUGGGGAGGCCCCAGGGGAUGGAGGUGUGGAGGAUGAGGAUGAUUUGGCUCUAGACUUGGACCCUGACAAAGGAGAUGAUGACUUGGGCAACCUGGACAACCUUGAAACCAAUGAUCCACAUCUAGACGACUUGCUUAACAGUGACGAGUUUGAUCUGCUGGCUUACACUGACCCCGAACUGGACCAAGGAGACCCUAAGGAUGUCUUCUCAGACCAGCUGCGUUUGGUAGAAGCAGAAAGUGAAGCACCUUCAUCUUCCUCUGGAUCUGCACUCAUUAAAGUGGAAGAGAAAGCCAAAGUGGAGCCAGGGCAGAAGUCUGUCACAACAGCCCCUGCCACUGCAGGGGGGUCUGCUACGCAACUGCCACCCCCUACAGAAACUGUUGAUACCUCCAAAGUCAAAGUAGAAGACAGAGGCCUGACCCAGCCAGGACAGACAGUGGUGAAAGAUGAAAUGGGAGAGGCUGUAUCAAUGCUUCUUGGUGGGACCACACCAUCAGCCAAGCCUGCACAAACAGAAAACCAGUCAGCUUCACUCAGUUCUGUUCGACUGGGGGGUCUUCCGUACCCCCUUCCAGGACAAGCCGACCCAUUGCCUUUUCCUCCAGCUGCUCCACAUGCAGAUAUUGGUGAUGAUCCGCUGGGGCUCCCUGAUGUAGGGGGACACCACUCCCCUGCUGUUGAUUUGGCAAAGGUAGAGAGCUCUUUAGAUGGUGAACUGCCUCUUCUAAUACAGGAUCUGCUGGAGCAUGAGAAGAAGGAACUACAGAAGCAGCAACAGCUCAGUUCCCUCCACCAGGGAGGCAUGGCCCCUCAUUUUCCUGGCCUCCCAAGUCAACAGCCAAACCCACAGGCACCUGGGCAAAUAAUGCUGCAACACCACCAUCGUCCACCACCCCAAGGAAUGAUGGGUCAGCCAGGGAUGGUUCCCCGUGCUCCGCACAUGUUGCAGCAGCAGCAGCAAAGGCUCAUGGGACCUGGAAUGGCACCUCCACCUCACAUACCCAUGGCCCAGCAGCAGGCCAUGAUGAGGAUGGUGCAGCCAGGAAUCCAUACAGGUCUCAGUCAUCAACCACAGCCGCAGCCAGUGGUUAAACAGGCACCUCUGGCCAACAAUUUCUUCCCAGAUAAAGAUUUAGACAAAUUUGCUACUGACGACAUCAUGGACCCUAUUGCCAAGGCAAAGAUGGUGGCACUUAAGGGUAUCAAGAGAGUGUUGGCACAAGAUCCAAUGGUUGGUCCCCCUGGCAUUAACAGGCAACAAGUUUCUCUGCUUGCUCAGAGGCUGGCCUCCGCCCCGGGCACAGAUCCAGGUCAAGUUACAUCUGGACCUCCAAAGGAGGGAGAAACAAGUGAUCCCACCCAGUCAAGACCUAACCCUCCACAGUUUGUGCAAGGAAUCAUCAAUGAUGCAGAACAGCACCAAUAUGAAGAAUGGCUUCUUCACACCCAGCAGUUACUCCAAAUGCAGUUGAAAUUUCUGGAGGAACAGAUUGGAGUUCACCGCAAAUCACGCAAGGCACUGUGUGCUAAGCAACGCACUGCUAAGAAAGCUGGCAGAGAGUUUGCUGAGGCAGAUGCAGAAAAGCUCAAGUUGGUUACAGAAGAGCAGAGCAAAAUUCAGAAACAGCUUGACCAGGUGCGCAAGCAGCAGAAGGAGCACACCAAUCUUAUUGCAGAGUACAGAAGCAAGCAGCAGCAGCAUCAGCAAGGCUCAGGUCUUCUUACCCCAGGUCAUUCUGCACAGGGGGCCCCCCCUCACAUGUUUCCCAAGAUGCCUGGCCAGAUGAUGAUGGGCCAACAGGGAACAGCAGUAAUGGGCCAGCAUCCUGGCAUGAUGCCACAAGGGGGAAUGCCUGUCAGGAUGCCCCAAGGGCAGCCCUUUAUUGGAGGAGCCCAACCUCAGCUGCCUGCAGCUCUUGGAGCCAGUAGUGUCAGGGUCCCAGGUCCUCCUGGGGCUCCAACGGGAUUCUUUCCACAGGGGCCUGGAAUGCAAGCUGCAGACCCCAGGCUUCUCCAAGAAAGACAGCUUCAACAUAGGAUGCAAAUGGCAAAGCUCCAGCAACAGCAGCAGGUGACGAUGGGCCAGCAAUCGAUGCCACACCCAAAUCAACAGUCUGGCUUAAUCGCUCAACCACAGUCUGGUAUGAUGGGGAACCCACUUAUGGCCCAACAACAAGCAAGCGCUCAACAGGGAAUGCUAGCCAACCAGGCCAGUCAGCAGGGUAUGGUGCAGGUUCCACAAGGAAUGGUUGGAGGCCAGUCUGUGGCUCCACCUCCACAGAACCUUGUAGGAGGCCAGCCCAUUAACCAUGCUCAAGCCAUGAUGGCAGCUCAACCAGGAAUUAUGGGAAACCAGCCAGUUGCACCAUCACAGCAACAGAGGCCUCAGCUGAUGAUGGGUCAACAGGGAAUGGUUGGAUCUCCCGGUCAUCCAGGCCUCAGGGGUCCCCAGGCACAGUUGACUCCACAACAACAGAGCAUUCUGGCCCAACGGAUGAUUGCAUCUCAGCAGCAGCAACAACAGCAGCAGAAUCUUGCAAAGAAUUUGGCCCACCUCCAGCAGCAGCAGAUGGCACAACAAAGACAACCAACACAAUUGAUCAGUCAGUCCAGCCACGAACAAGGAGGGCUGUCCCAACCCUCUACCCCACAGAUGGGUUCCUCACCUUCAGCAGGAAGUAUCACACCCCAGCCACAGGGAGCUUCAGACAGCCAAAACUCAGGCCCCAAAGAGGGUGGGAUUCUGAGCCCUGAUCCAAGAACACCACCACAGCAGAGUGGACCCUCCACUCCCAAUCAGAUGACUCAACUGGGCCCUGGAAAUGACCAUCAAACUGAUUUUGGACGACAGCAGUUACAACAACAGCAGCAUCAUCAAAACCAGGUUUAUAUGGCCCAGCAGCAACAAUCAAAUCCUCAGUCUGUACCUGAGCAACAAACAAGUUUAGUUGGAAACCAACAAAGUGGUGUGCUUCAACAACAGCAGCAACAACUUCCACUCACUGUCCAGAGGCAAGGUUCCCUUGGUGCUGACAAGCCCAUUUUGAUGACUGUUAAAGAAGAAGGCAAACCAAUUGAUUUCUUAGCUCAGCAGCAACAACAGCAAGUGGCUCAAAAUGCCAUGCAGCAGUCACAAGACCCCAGCCUCCAACAGCAGAUCAUAGGCCAGAACCAUCCUGGCCAGCCACAGCCUGUUGUGAUGGGCCAUAGUUCACAACAGCAAGCCCUCAUAGCCCAGCAGCAAAAACAACAGGCCAUAAUGGGCAUGAUGCGAGCCCAGCAGCAAGGAAUGAUGGCACAGAGACCUGGAGUUCCACCUGGACACAUCCGCACUCCUAUCAACAUCCCAGCUAGUAUUGCUCAGAAUCCUCAGCUCCGCAAUCUCCCCCCAAACCAGCAGAUACAGCACAUACAGGCCAUGAUUGCCCAAAGGCAGCUCCAACAGGGUCAGAUGCUGCGGAUGUCAAUGGGUCAGGGACAGCAAAGUCAGUUGAGGUCUCACAUGCCACCAGGUCAGAUGCCACAAGUUGGGCAGCAGAUGCAAGGGAUGGAAGGCCAACAGAUGACAUAUGGAGCCAUGGGGAAGCCAGGAGCAGUGGGCGCUCAACAACAGCUGGGCCAACAACCUGGUGUUGCUCCUCAGAUGCAGCAUGGAAUGAUGGUCCCUGGGCAACAACAGCCACAAGUAGGGGAAAUGAUGCAGCAGCAUAUUAUGAGAGGCCAGGUACCAGUGCCUCGGUCCCCCAUGGACCAGGGUCGUAUGAUAAGGCCAACAUCUCCACGUCAGCCAUUAGCUAACUCACCUGGGGAUCCACAACGGCACACAUUUAGUCAAGCUAUGGGUAUGCGUCCACCCACUCCUAACCAGAACCAACAGCAAGCACUAAUGGCAGCUGCAGCAGGCCGCAUGCAGGGCUCUCCAUCCCAUGCAUAUUCUCCUAGAGGUCCCUUUGGAAUGAGCCCAGCCCACCCAGCCUCACCCCAUUCAUCCCAUGUCUCCUCGCCUUCAGUAGUUGACAACAGGGCUGGAAGGGGAAGUCCAUACAACCAAGUCAAAGCAUCCCCACUCAGGUCACCUGGAGCCAAGAGUCCACUUGAUUGUCCAGGACUGAAAGUAGAAAGUCAAACAUCAGGCAAUGAAACAUCUCAGACAGCCUCAGUUAUCCCCAAUGGGCCACAAAAAGGCAUGAAUGUUCAGCAACAGUCGCAUCAGGUUACAGAGAGCCAUCUUCCUCACACACAGCAUGGCUCUAGAGAAGGGGAGGUAUGCAAGAUGACCCUACAGAACAUUAAACAAGAGCCAAGGGAGGUUCAGUGUGAUGGUGCAGCAGAGGCUCAUCCUGGGGCUAUAAAGCGAGAAGUAACAGGUGAGGUGGUUACUUCGGGGAACAACACUAGCUUUAUUAAUGCUGGAGACCCUGGAACUCAAGGCCCUAGGUCAGAGACUGGACAGCAACUGCUACAGAAACUCCUGCGAACCAAGAACCUUCAGCUUGGUGCUCAGAGACCCUCUGAAGGCAUCCAUAAUGAGAUCAAUGGCCACAUCAACAGUAAAUUAGCAAUGCUGGAGCAAAAACUUCAAGGGACUCCACGAAAUAUGGAGGACUUACAGUCUAUAACAAAAAGGGCUCCUGUACAAAAGCCAAAGCGCACUAACAAGGCAGCUGGAGACCGAGGGCCGAAUGCACGGAAGAAAAAUAAGAAGGAAGAAGUUGGAAAAAGUGCUGAAGCCUUAAUAAAGCAACUCAAACAGGGUCUCUCUUUGCUGCCCCUGAUGGAGCCUUCUAUCACCGCCAGUCUGGAUCUGUUUGCCCCUUUUGGGAGCAGCCCAGCCAAUGGCAAAGCCCAGCUCAAAGGAUCCUUUGGAAAUGCAGUGCUGGACAAUAUCCCAGACUACUACUCUCAGUUACUCACUAAGAGUAACCUCAGUAACCCACCAACACCCCCAUCCUCCCUGCCACCAACCCCUCCACCCUCAGUACAGCACAAGCUGCUGAAUGGAGUGACUCCUGGGGAGGAGCUCUCUGAGGGUCAGAAAGACACAGAGCCAGCAGAAGAGCCAAUGGAAUCUGUUACAGAGGAGGUAAAGAGUGUAGACAUUCUGGCAGCUCUCCCCACUCCACCACAUAACCAGAAUGAGGACAUCAGGAUGGAGAGUGAUGACGAGGAUGCCCCUGAAAGUAUCAUCCCAGCAUCUUCCCCUGAGAGUAAUGUAGGGGAAGAAACACCACGUUUCCCUCACCUACGGGAGCCUAAAGAGGAGGAGACAGAGAGAGCAAUAUCCCCCAUCAUCCCCCUCAUACCUCGCACUGCCAUACCAGCAUUCCCAGAAAACAAACCGUUCGAAGCAGCUGAUAGCAAGGUAGUUUCCACAUCCAACCACUGGGACAAGGCCAAAAACAACGAGGUGUCUGUUACCUUCACAUUGUCCUCUGCUGCAGCCAAGAAACUGAACCACGUGAUGAUGGCCAUGGCCCAGUUGCUCAACAUUAGAAUGCCGGGUUCUUAUGAGGUGACUUUCCCUUCCCAAAACCCUGACAUGCCUGCAGUGGAUGGGCCUGGGAAAGGACCCAGCCAGUCAGGGGCUCUGUGUACAAAGGACGGUGCCUCACCCAGUCAGGAUGAGUGGCUCAGGCAGUUUGAUGUGUCUCUGCCAGGCUGUACAUUGAAGAAACAAGUUGACAUUCUGGCACUUAUUAAACAGGAAUUCCCAGAAAAAGAGGACAAACCGGUCCAGCACUGUUACACAACCAAUGUAAAUGACUUGGAUGUGCGCCACCUUCCUAUUAUACCAGUGGAGGAAUCUCCACCCCCAUCACCAUCUCCUCCACAACCUCCCCCAUCUGUCCCAGAUCCGACGAGUGAAGCUGAACCUUCCAAAAAAUCCGCUUCUCCAUCCCCCUCUCCCUCCAGUCCCACCAUUGUCCAGAUCAAGACUGAACCUGAACCUGAACCUGAACCUGAACCUAAACCUGAACCUGAACAGGAUGUUGAUCCUCCUACUGAUGCUGCUCAACCAACUGAUGUCACAGAGUCUGAAGUUGCUGCUCCAGAGUCGGUCACUGAUCCACCACCUGCGUCUGCAGUUUCUGAUCCUACUGCUCCUACUGAAGAUCAGCAGGAUCUGAGUCCUGUCGUCAAAGAGGAGGACUCAGCUGCUGAUCCAGCACAACCUCCUAAAGAUUCUCCCAGCACCAUGGAGUCCUCCCCUAAGGCUACCAAGCAGCGCAGGCCUCUCUCCCCUGAUGAGGAGGUGGUACACCCCAAAGUCAAAAAAUGGAAGGGGAUUCGCUGGAAGCGUCUUCAGAUUGUCAUCUCAAUACGUAAGGGUGGGUCUAAGAAAGAGAGCAGCCGGGAGGUGUCUGAGCUGAUGGAACGCUUGCGCAUUACUCUUAGACCAGACAAGCUGCCUCGGGAUAAACGUAAAUGCUGUUUCUGCCACGAGGAAGGUGAUGGAGCUACAGAUGGGCCUGCCCGCUUGCUUAACAUUGAUGUGGACCUGUGGGUGCACCUUAACUGUGCCCUGUGGUCCACAGAGGUGUAUGAGACGCAGGGGGGUGCCCUUAUCAAUGUGGAGGUAGCCCUGCGUCGUGGAUUGCGGACUCUUUGCGCAUACUGCCAGAAAACAGGUGCCACCAACAGCUGCAACAGACUGCGAUGCCCGAAUGUCUACCACUUUGCCUGUGCCAUCCGGGCACGCUGCAUGUUCUUCAAGGACAAGACCAUGUUGUGCACUCAGCAUAAGCUGAAGGGGCCCAGUGAAGAUGAGCUAAGCACAUUUGCUGUUUUACGGCGUGUCUACAUUGAGCGUGAUGAGGUGAAGCAGAUUGCCAGCAUCUUACAGCGAGGUGACCGCAUCCACCUGUUCCGUGUUGGUGGUCUCAUCUUUCAUGCUGUUGGCCAGUUGCUACCCUCCCAAAUGACCAACUUCCACUCACCCACUGCCAUCUUCCCGGUUGGCUAUGAGGCCACACGCAUCUACUGGAGCACCCGUGUGCCCAACAAGCGCUGUCGCUACCGCUGCCGCAUCAGCGAGGAUGAUAGUCGCCCCCUGUUUGAGGUGCGUGUUCUGGAGCAUGGCAUGGAGGAUUUGCAGUACCGCGACACAACUCCAGAGGGAAUCUGGGACCGGGUAGUUCAGGAGGUGGCUAAACUCCGAGAUGAAUCGUCCAUGUUGAAGCUGUUCACUGAACAUGUCAAAGGAGAGGAAAUGUAUGGUCUCACAGUUCAUGCUGUCAUGCGAAUCACUGAGUCGUUGCCUGGAGUGGAGAACUGCCAGAACUAUCAGUUCCGAUAUGGCCGUCACCCUCUGAUGGAGCUCCCUCUGAUGAUCAAUCCCACCGGCUGUGCUCGCUCUGAGCCCAAGGUUCCCACACACUGCAAGAGGCCUCACACUUUAAAUAGCACCAGCAUGUCAAAAGCCUACCAGAGCACCUUCACUGGAGAGCUCAACACACCAUACAGCAAGCAGUUUGUCCACUCCAAGUCCUCCCAGUAUCGCCGCCUGAAGACCGAGUGGAAGAACAAUGUGUAUCUGGCACGAUCCCGCAUUCAGGGCCUGGGUCUGUACGCUGCCAAGGAUCUGGAGAAGCACACCAUGGUCAUUGAGUACAUCGGUACUGUCAUACGCAACGAGGUCGCCAAUCGCCGUGAGAAGAUCUACGAGUCACAGAACCGUGGGAUCUACAUGUUCCGCAUCAACAAUGAACAGGUGAUUGAUGCCACUCUGACAGGUGGCCCAGCUCGCUACGUCAACCAUUCCUGUGCCCCCAACUGUGUUGCUGAGGUUGUAACAUUUGACAAGGAGGACAAGAUUAUCAUCAUUUCCAGCCGCAGGAUCCCCAAGGGAGAAGAGCUGACCUAUGACUACCAGUUUGAUUUUGAGGAUGAUCAGCACAAGAUCCCUUGCCAUUGUGGAGCUUGGAAUUGCCGCAAGUGGAUGAACUAAGGAGAAGAAAGAAAAAUGGAGAACUUCCCUCUCACUGGUGCCAGAACACUCCUGCGCCAAAGCCUUUGAAUCCUACAUAGCCAGUGCAUAAGCUGUUCUGAAAGAUGUGGAUGGAGGAAGGCUGGCCUCCGCCAUUGAAAGACUAAAGCGGUGACACCUGUAGCCAAAGGUUUGAAGAGCAUUAAUCAAUAAAAGCAACCGACCACCGCCAUCAGCAGCAGCUUGAUGGUGGGACUGACUUUCAUGUUUGGACUAGUGAAUCACCCUUUCCUCAGCCAAAACCCUUUUCCCCCCUUCGACUGUUCUCAAUAAGCUUACAGUGGCUGGAAAACAAUCCUCAACAUCUACCAAAUGAUUCUGACCCUCUGAUAUCAAUACUCGUAGUGCAGAGCUCAUCUGGAGCUUCGACAAAAAGCCAUUUUAAAAUACUAAGAAUGAACUAAUGAUGCAUUUUUAUGUUUUAAGUCGGACCUAUUUCCUGUCCCACCUAACCACACCUCCCCCUUACCUCCCAGAAAAGGCACUUUCCCAUCAAGUCAUCAAUGAAGACAACACGGAUAUUGGCUAGCUAGACAAUCUUGAUGUGGCUCUGUGUAAGAACUACAUAUGAUCGAUGGAAAAAAAAAAAAAAAAAAGAUGUAAGUUAAUAUAAAAUUUGAGAUGCUAUUGAUCUGUGUCUCCAGAGGCACCAGAUGUUCUGACUGUGUGGAGUCCCAAGGUGGGUUAGUUGGACUCAGUCUACCUCAUUGAUUUAGCGGGAAGUGACUGCUUUGUAUGAAAACUGUUAACUGCUACUGUGGAACCGGGGGGAAAGGGGGAAUGUUUUUAUGGGCUUAGCCUUCUCGGACAAGCAGGGAAUCUUAAGCAGCAGGUUUGCUCUAUCUACUCUAUGCUGAUGAUGAUUUACAAAAAUGAGCCAACAUAAUUAUUAUUCAUGAAUUAUUUAUACAGAGGAAAUAUAUGACAGUUUUGAUAAGAUAUUGCAUUAAAAUCACAAUCAGAAGCUUAGCGGGUGUCCUGUAUGCCACCAAAUCAUCCUGGAUAUUGAUGUAGCUUUUUCUUUUUUUUUUUCUUUUUUUUUGUACUUUUUAUUUAUGCGUCUCAAAACCAUGCUAUUAGCUGUGUGAAAGCACAAUAACAUCCACCUUUUAAGUUGCUUAAGACCGUAAUGGUGUGAGUGAAUGGCUCUAGGAUCACAGGACAAAUGGUCUUUGAAGAAGACUAUGAAGUCCAAAACUAACCAAGUACACAUUUUGCUUGUCGCUUCAUACAUUGAAGUUCCACUUGUUGAAAACCAGCCGGUGGAUGCAUGACUACUGUCCCAUUUAAUGCUUUUUAUUCCCCAGCAACUCGACCUUUUCACAACUCAACCUUAAACUUUGAAUCAUGCCUCUUCCUCUCUGUAUAAUUUCGUGGACUGUUGUUAAACUUUACUGUAGUAAGUCUUCCUCUGCCUGAGUACAGCCUGCAGUGUUUCUACUUCCCCUGUAGUGUGCUUUUCUAGUGCUGGUACUGUCCUCUUGAGGCUGAACUGAUGGCAGGGAAAGACUUAUUGGAAAAAAGGGCAUUUGUUUUCAUUUCUAUGUAAGAUGAAUGAAAAAAGUCUUUAAAGGGAGCUUUACUGAAACUCCACCUUCCCAUACUACUUUGUUUCCUCCUUCCCCUAACCUAAGACCUCACAUGAUUUAAAAAUGCAAAGUUGUACAAACUGUAUAUAUAGUAUAUGCAUUAGGGGACAGCAACUCUUUAUCCAGCCCCUUUGUAAUCAAUAAAGUCAAAAGUGUAGAGAAAUAAAAUUGAAAAAAAAUCAACCACUGGAUAUCAUUUUAACAAAGAUAAAGCUGUAUAUAAAUAUAAAUAUAUGUAAAAUGGCAAACUAAUAUCUUUAUGUAUAUGAACCAGAGUGUUUUGCAUUUACCUGUUUUUCUAUUAGUGUUUUUUGCUAUAAGCUCUCAGAGACAAGUUUGUUAAAAUAGGUAUGAGAAAAUGUCUGGUCUUCUCCAAUCAGUUGCGACGAGAAGCCGAGGUGAUUACAAAACUGUUUGGAUUCAUGUGGAGAGUCAUUAAUUAAGACAUGAAAAUCACUUCUUGCAUAAAGCAGUACAAUGGUGCAUAGCAUUUGUAUUUAUGUAAUAUUGUUCGUGUUUAUUUUUCUUUUUAUUUAUGCUACUGCUUGUUGAUUACCAAAACCUGUCCCUUAAUCGGUUACAAUUGGAUUAAUAUACUCUUGAAUGGAAAAUCUUGAAUUCCCUAGAAUAUUGUUAGUGUUUUGCUUUUUUAUAUCUUCCCUAUAGAAGUGAAUGUGUUGGUAAACCUUGUGAAAUGGUUACUUGGCCUAAUGUAUGUUAUGAUGUAAUACUCAAAGUUAAUCCCAUACUUAACCUGGUAAUGAAUUGCACUCUCAUAGUAUAAACGGAGAACUUCUCUAAAGUGGUAGAUAUUGAUCAAGUAUCCGAAGCAGUGAUAUAUAUAUUUUUUGGUAUGUUUCUAUUUCAAGGGAAGACCAUGACGAGACAUUAUGCCGCUCACUGGAUUUUAGCCUGAAUAAUUUUUAACUUCUCUGAAUCUUAAUUUAAGUUCUCUGCAUAUCUUAUAAUUUAAUAAAGUUUGCUCAAAUUGAAGGUUUUUUUUAACCUCACCUACUUUUUAAAAAGAUGUUGCAUCUGUACAGCAGAGAUACUUUUAGGGAAUAUGAAUAAAUAUAAUGAUCAUUUUUAUUGUAUGUGGCAUGUUUUGUAUGGAUAUUAUUUUGAAUUGUACAUAUUUUUUUCAGGACGCCAGAGGUUGCAUCUCUUUAUAUACAGCUUUCCCACUCCCUCUCCCCUUCAUCUUAUUUCUUUGUCUGCUUUUGUUUCUUGUAAAGGAAAAUAAAAUGCAUUUUAAAUA